AUGAAAUGUGUCGAGACUUCCGGGCUUCCAAUAUGUCGAGAAUGCACGACUGAGGUCAUCAUCUACAAAUGUGCUCACUUGAAGGUCAAUAAAUUACACCACUGCGAAGGGUGCCGUCCUCGCAAGAGCAAAUAUCUCAGCAGCCGACCAGAGCUACGACUUGUGCCCCACAAUGAAAACAUGCGUGGCGGCAUGGUCUGUGAGAAUUACUUGGACCACGAAGAACGUCGAAAAAAACGAAAGGAGUUGAUUUUACAGAAAAGAGUACAAGUUUUCCCUAACUCUCAAUCCUUUCAGCCAGAAAGCCACAGCCAACUAGACCCUGAUUAUCCCAAAAUUCCGGACGCUACUUUCAAGAGACCAAAGGUAACAAUACAACAAGGGCAAACACUACCGCCAUAUCAUGGCUAUCAAUAUCCAUAUGCACGAGAACGUGAGCCGGAGACCCAAUACGCUCAUACACCGGUGAUGACAACAACUCACGAGUCUGGACCAUCAGCCUAUGGAGGUUAUGGAUAUGCUGGGGGAUAUCCGCAUGGGCAGCCGAAUCCCCAAUACAUACCUCUCCCUGCUUCUGCGAUACCACCAGCUUGGGGACAGCCAAUACAACCAUUGAUAAUAGAGGAAAAUCCGCAAAGAUACGCGGAUUGGGAAAACAAACGGGGACGAGAAGAAACCCGAUUCAGUGAGGCGGCCGACAGAGAAAGUACCGAGAAAGCUGCCCGUUAUGAAUCAACUUUACGCCGAGAAAAUGCACGUCCAAGGGAGCACAGAAAAUCGAAGCGAUGA